AUGGAGGUUCAUGUCUUGUUAACUUCUGCGAUAUCUCCUGAAGACUUUUCAAAGUUCAGUGCUAUCGCAAUCGAAGACAAUAUCAAUGAAAAAUAUGCCAAUAAGGUAAUUCAGAAUGUUGGGCUCUGCAUGGGCUUCUAUGAUAUGCUGGAAUCAUCGGAUGGCUUGAUUGGACAUGGGACAGGACUUGUUAAUGUCAAUGUCUGUUCAAUCUUCGAGGAACCUACUGAUACUCUGCAAGUUGGCCUCGAAUUCUUCAGUGAUAUCCUCAUCCCCCCUAGUCUUCUACUCGACGGAGCAAGAUUCGAUUACACAGACCAAGUGUGGGUCUGGGACAACGGCGAAGGCUCCACGUUCUAUUUCGAUAUCGGUGAAACGGUGCGAUUUCGAGUAGAGGCGGAAGAAUGGCACGAUCAGAUCCCGAAUGCUCCAGACACGCCAGACACCUCGACCGUAGGAGAGAGAAAGGCCCCUUAUUCGAUUAUCGGUUCAAUGCAGAUUGCAGGCCUUGGGCUUGUCGCUUGGUGGUAG